CACCGGAUUCACAACAAAUUUCAGUUUUUACUGAUAUUUUUAUUAUCGUUUGGCUUGGAUCCGCUGUAGUGACAAUAAAUGCAAAACUUUUAGGUGGUUCAGUUAUUUGUGGAAAACCCUUAUGUAAGAUUGCCUUUAUGUAUUGUCGCAUUUGCUUGGUCUUCUUACGGUAA